AUGGCCAAAGAUAAAGCAAAUCCUGGUUUAAAGAAAGGCAAAGAUUCUCUAAAUGAGAUUAAUAAAAAGAAAAAAUCUCCAAUAAAACGAAAGCAAUACUCUUUAGAAAAUAUUAAAUUAGCGUUAGAAGCAAUAAAUAAAGGGAUGUCCAAGAAAUUGGCUUCAAAAACGUAUGGUGUCCCUAGGACUACACUAAUUUUUCAUACAAACCAUCCAGACAAAAAUGUGAGACCAGGUCCACCUACCGUUCUGACAGCAAAAGAGGAAGAAGAUCUAGUAAAUUGGAUCAAACUUAAUAGCAGAAAAGGCUUUCCAAGACGAAAAGAAGACCUGAUUACAAGUGUAGCUGAAUUCUUAAAAAAGGCCAAUAGACCGAAUCCAUUUAAGGAUGGUGUUCCAGGGGAAAGAUGGUAUCAUCUCUUUAUGAAAAGACAUAAGGAUUUGGCUAUUAGAACCCCAGAAAGUGUCACUGAUGCAAGUUCUUGCGUAUCUGAAGAAGAUAUAAGACGGUGGUUUCGUAAUAUAUAUUCUUAUUUAGAAAUAAAUAAUUAUACUCACAUUCUCCAAGACCCUUCGCGCAUUUUAAAUGGUGACGAGACAAACUUCCAACUGUGUCCAAAGAGUGGGAGAGUUCUUUCCAUAAAAGGUGACAAAAAUGUCUACGAAAUUGAUCGAGGUCAAGCCAAGGCAUCCUUGACUGUUUUAUUUACCUUUAAAGCAGAUGGAGAACGAACUCCGCCAUUAAUAAUUUACCCAAAUAAAAGAUUACCCAAAGAAAUUGCUACAAAAGUACCUAAAGAUUGGGGUAUUGGCCUCAGCGAUAACGGUUGGAUGAAAACAGACAUUUUUGUUGAUUAUGUUAGGAAUGUUUUACAUCCAUAUCUCACGCGAACAGCAACAAAAUUUCCUGUCAUCCUGUUUGUUGACGGACAUAAAACACACGUAACACUAAGUGUCAGUGAACUUUGUUCAGAAUUACAAAUCGUUCUUAUCGCUCUUUACCCAAACGCCACAAGAAUUUUACAGCCCGCGGAUGUGUCCGCAUUUAAACCACUAAAAAAUAGUUGGAAAAAAAGUGUGAUGGAGUGGAGAAGAAAAAAUCCAUCUCAAGCUUUAACAAAAUUAGAAUUUGCACCGAUUUUAGAAAAUGCCAUAAAUAUUUCUAUUCGUCCCGAAAUACUGCAAAAUGGUUUUAGCGCUGCUGGGCUUUUCCCGUGGAAUCCUGACAAUAUAAACUUUGAUAAAUGUCUUGGUAAACGAAUAAAAAGCAAGAUAAGCAAUAAUAAAGAUGUAGUGUUACAAAAAAGUAAAUUCCUCAAUAUGAUUAAAGAAUGUAAAUAUGAAAAAGACAGAAUUUUGAAAGAAGUUUUUGAUUUUUUUGAAGUUUCACCAUCUUUUCUUAAGUCCAUUUCAUCUGAGACUUCCAAUAACAGAGCUACUGCAUGCAUAUCAAAAGAUGUUAUAUCCAUUGAACCUGGAGACGACUUUAAUGAGACUAUAUCAGCUAAACAAAAGAUAUUUAAUGCGCCUGAAGAACCAAAAUCCAAUUUCGAUAUCGCUAAUCUUCCUGUAAUUUUAUGUGAUUCUGUGGAAGAUUGGAAUGAUUCACGAGAAGGGCUAUCUUGCUUUGAAGUUCCACAUGAAGUACAGUGUCAUACUUCACCAGUUAUUUCAAAUACAUUAUUACAAUUUACACCUAAUAGAACUAACAUCUCACAUAUUAACAAAGAAGAUUUAGAAAAAAUCGAUAUUUUUACCAACUGCUCAGUACAAAAUAUUAUUACACUUGCAAAUUCUCCACCAAGGAUCAUGCCAACUAAAAGUGAGAAAAUAAUAAGAUCCAUGAAAAAAAUAAAUCUAAAAGACACUUUAGUUUUAGCAAAAACUCCGGUCAGGAAAGGAGUGAGAAACACAGAAAGAGUUUCGUUUGUAUUGACAUCUGACGAAUGGCAAAAAAAAGAGAAGUCAAAGGCUGACGAGAAACAAAAAAAGGUAGAAGAAGUGAAGAAAAGAAAAGAGGCGAGAAUAUUGAAAAAAGAACAGACUAAGAAAACAAAAAACUUUUUAACUAAAAAAAAGACAGAGACCAAAAAGAAAGGAGAAACAAAAGUAAUUGUGAUGUCCGACGACAUUAUUACACAAAUUAAAACUACAGAUAGAUUGGAAACUUUUAAUAACAGGGAAGCAAAUAGUGAAGAACCAAAGGCAAUAAUGAUGGAUACCAAUUUAGAGCAACAUAUAUUUUCUACAGAAUAUAAGGCCGAAGAAAUUGCAAAAGUAAAAAUAAAACUUAAUUUUGAUGAUAAAAAAAGAACGAGUGCCUCUUAUAAACUUUUAAAAACACCUAUGAAGACUGUGUGUUCUAAUGUAAGAGUGAAUGUAGCGUCUAAGGAAAUUGGUGAUAAGAUUCGUGACCAAGAUAAUUUAUGUUUAACAGAACGAUUUGCAAAAGAAUUUAAUGUUAAACCAAAAUUAGAUAAGAAAACGCUGCAAGAUGAAGAUAUCGAAAAUUUACUUGAAGAAAAUUCUCAGUAG